GAUCACUGCGCGCUGGUGACAGUCGGAGUCGCGCGAGCUUGGUGGCGAUUUAACGGCAUUAAGCGGCAGCGGGCUGUCGUUAUUCAGUUGCCGGGGGUUCGGUGUGUAAUGUUUAUACGGUUGGAAAAUGAUCCCCACAGCCAAUCCCGAGCGGUAGUAAUGCAGUUACGAGCUCGUGAAGCGGCCGAUUGUCAUCUUGACUUAGCUCGCGCUCGCUUAGCCGCCACAGGCUAAUUAAUUAAGCGAUGUUGGUGAAUUAUUAUUCAUUAUAUAUCAUCUGAAAUAGAGCAACAGCGCCACAACGCACCUCCGAACGCCAUACAACAGCGCGUUGCAUGAACACGAGGGAUUAAACGCAGGUGGCGCUGGAAACAUUGUGCAAGAUGCAAGAAAACUGAACACACACUCAGGAAUACCAACGGAAGUGACACACACACACGUCAUCACACUAAUAGCCCGCUGUCUGGGUGUGCAGGUGUGCAGGUGUGCUCUUUAAGGGAAGAUGUCAGCGGUCUUCCCCCCCGACGGGAUGAUGGAGGAGGAGGGCACCCUGUCCACCGACGGUCUCGGAAGCACCCGUGGUAAAAGUAGCCCGUCAGCGCCUGCUAAAGACAUCAACGUAGAUGGCACAGAACCUGACGAGAACCUCUCACAGGAUGCACAGAGACGCUGUCAGAAUCAUGGUCACACUAGGAAACGAGCCAAGUCUAACGCUAAGCUGAAGCUGGUGAGGAGUCUCGCUGUCUGUGAAGAAUCAUCAGGACCGUUUUUAACCGAUGGACCUCCAGAAUCACAGGACAUUAUUCAGCUUCACAUCAGCUGUCCAUCAGACAAAGAAGAGGAGAAAUCAUCAAAAGAUGAGUACGAGAAUGAAGAGAGGGAGAAGAAGGAUAAAACUCCACGCAAGAUGCUUUCCCGCGACUCGAGUCAGGAGUACACCGAUUCCACGGGGAUUGAUGUGCACGAGUUCCUGGUGAACACACUGAAAAACAACCCCAGAGACAGAAUGAUGCUGCUGAAGUUGGAACAGGACAUGCUGGAGUUCAUUAAUGAUGAAAAUAAUCCGUACAAGAAGUUUCCUCAAAUGACCUCGUAUCAUCGCAUGCUGCUGCAUCGAGUGGCGGCUUAUUUCGGCAUGGACCACAACGUGGACCAAACGGGCAAAGCGGUCAUCAUCAACAAGACCAGCAACACGCGCAUACCUGAGCAGAGGUUUUCCGAGCACAUUAAAGACGAGAGGAACAUCGACUUCCAGAAGAAGUUCAUCCUGAAGCGGGACGAUGCCAGCGUGGAUAAAGACGAUAAUCAGAUCCGCGUGCCGCUGCAGGACGGCCGUCGCAGUAAGUCCAUCGAGGAGCGAGAAGAGGAGUACCAGCGCGUCAGAGAUCGCAUUUUUGCACGAGAAUCCUCUCAGAACGGAUACAUCAAUGAUAACAGACUGUCCACUGACUGCUGCUACUCAUCCUCCCAACAGAGGAGGCAGAUGUUUAGGGGUAACCGGGAGAGCUCGAGUCGGGCGUCCAGCAGUCGUCAGAGCAGCACUGACAGUGAUAUGAAGAGUCUGGAGCCUCGGCCCUGGAGCAGCACCGAUUCAGACAGCUCGAACCGCACGCUCAGACCGCCGGUCACUAAAGCCAGCAGCUUCAGCGGCAUCUCCAUCCUCACACGAGGAGACAGUCUGGGCUCGCAGGGCAGCGCCAGGGGCUCCCGUACAGGUCUUCCCACGGGCACUCUGGAUAUUUGUCCGCUAUCACAACCGCCCCAUCCGGGCCGCGGCCUCUUGCCCUGCCCCUCCAGUGUCCCUCAAAGCCAGAGCCAACCUGCCCUGCCACCCCCUCAAACUGCCCUGCUGCCCACGCCCACUCACACACACACUCACACGCAGCACACCAUCAGCGCACACAAUCACAUGCUGCCUCAGCCGUCUGCGCAGGCUGUGUCUUAUUCAAACCCCUCGUGCCCGCAGGUCAUCUUGCCUGUUUCUCCUUCCCAGCAGUACAACAUGGGAGAUGAAUUGACUCCUGGUUUCGGGCAGAUGUCUUUGAGUCGUCAGGGCUCCAGUGAAGCUCCAGAGCCGCCCGGCCUGUACCAGCACCCUCCACCCCAACCCAGUUACAUCAUCCCCCCACCGCCGUCUGGAUACCAGCCCCCUGUACCCCACUCGCACCCUCCUCCACCCCCGCCCCCACCCACACAGCCAAUCUUGCAGACAGCGCCACCUGCACAGGGUUACAUGCAGGCACCUCCACCUCCUCAGCAGAUCCAGGUGCAGUAUUAUUCUACAGGUGGACAGUAUCCUAAUUCAGGGCAGCAGUACCGGUCCAUAUCUCACCAGGUGUCGUACACACAGCGCUCUCAGCCUCUCCCCCCGCCAGCGCAGUCCUCCGCUCCUCUACAGCCCAUGAUGUCCAAUCAGCAGCCUGCGUACCAGAGCAUGAUGGGAGUUCAGCCACCACAGAGCGCCAGUAUGAUGAACACGCAGCACACGGGCAUGAACGGACAGAUGCCAGGAAUGAUGGUCACAUACCCGCCUAUGCCCUCUUAUCAGGUGCCUGUUGCCAAUGAGAGCCAGUCUGUGGUUCAGCAGCAAUUCCAGCAGCCUGUCAUGGUGCCCGCUAGCCAGUCAGUACAUGGAGCCAUGCCAACUGCUGCGCCCAUGCCCGUUUAUUACGGCGUACUGACCCCCACACAACAGAACAGCACAAGUCCGUCUGUGGGUUAUCUGCAGCCGCCCAGUUCUGAUCAGUACCAGCUGACCCAGUCUGCCUCUCCCUGCAGCCAGCAACAAAUACAGCAGCAGUAUUCAGGGGUCCCGCCUCCCGGCACUAGCGUCAUGGUGAUGCAGCUCAGCGUUCCAAAUGGGCCGCAGCCGACCCAGAAUCCUCCACUGGUGCAGUGGAACCCCUGCAAAUACUACAGCAUGGAGCAAAGAGCCAGCAAACCCGACCCGCAGGUCAAUACUCUGAACAGUCCACUGGCGUCUCCUACACAAUCUCCGGCUCCCUCUCCGUCUGGCAGUGUAAACAGUGUGUGUCCCGGUCUCGGCCCUCUUCCUCUCAUUUCACAGUUCCCUCGACCCGGCGGGUCAGCACAAGAUGGGAGAUACUCUUUACUGGGCCAGCCGCUCCAGUACAGUCUGUGUCCACCAACCAUCAUGCACAACCACAACCAGUCCUCAUACAGCUCCCAUCAGAGUCAGUCAGUGAUGAAACACGGUGCUCGCGGUAAAAGACAAACACUCAAAUCUGCCUCCACAGAUCUGGGAACCACUGACGUGGUGGUCAGUCGAGUGUUAGAGGUGACCGAUCUCCCAGAAGGCAUUUCCCGUCCAGAAGCCGAGAAGCUUUUCAACCAGCUCUCGCUCUGCGGUGCCAAGAUCCAAUGGCUGAAGGACCCGCAGUGUCCCCGGGGCCCCAGAGGAGACUACCACGACCCCGCUCACCUGUACACCGUCGUGGCCGUGUUCCCCAACACAAUGGCCGCCCAGAGCGCGUCCUUCAAACUCAACAACAGCGGCGGCAGUUUGUUCAAGCUGCGCGCUACGAAAAACAACUAUGACUUGCGCGUGCUGGAGAGAGCUAGCUCGCAGUGAGUGCGGAGAGAGAGAGAGAGAGAGAGAGCGACGGAGAGGAAGCUGAAGAUGUCAAAGGGAAGAGCUUCAUUAGGGAUGUUUUUUAUUAUUUUGUAUCAUGACCAGAAGAGCACAUAUGACACAGAAGCGUGUUGCGUUGUAUGUGUAUUGUAUGACACGCGCACACACUCACAGACACACACGCGACGAAAUAGUUCACCCGAAACAAUCAGUUACUCACCUUCAUGUUGUUCUAAACCCAUAUGACGGGGUCACAUCCACACUUAUACGUCGUCAUUUGAUGUUAUGCGUUUAUGUCACUCAUCCAUGGACGAGGUCUGUCUUUGUGUCCUGGCUUCCCAUUUCAAUUUAAUGAGUAAUUGGGGCUCCAAAAUUAUAAAAAUACGCCAAUAUAAUUAAAUAAUAUACAGGCACACGAGUAGUCCGUAUAACUUGUGUCUCACGAUAGCUUUGUUUGUGAUUCACCGGAAAUCUUUCGCUCAAAUCAAAUAUGGCAGCAUGAGAUUUGCGAGAAGCAGUUGAAAUUGGAAUUGUACGUCGACGCCAUUUUUGUGGUUUAUACGAGUUUUGUAAUCCAUAUCAGUGCUUCAGAAGUCACAAAUUGUGUGUACUACAUUUGUAGUCAAUUUUGGAUACGUUUUGUGUCAUUUUGGAGCUAGAGAGUCCCAGUCCCCAUUCACUUCACUAUAUGUCAAAGAGCGGCCAGGACAUUCUUCAAAAUAUUUCCCUUUUGUGCUCCACUGAAGAAUGUCAAAUGGGUUUGGGUGAGUAAAUGGUUUCCAGUGAACUAUUCCCGUUACAAACCCUCCAUUCAUGCACGGUGCGUUCUUUCUAUCCAUCCAUAAAUCUCCACUUUCUCUUUCUCUUUCUCUUUUUCACGCUCUCUCGCGUGCUCACAUUCGAUUCUUCCUCUGUCACUUCCUCUGCUUUCUGUUUGGCCUUAACGCUGUUGUGGACUUGUAUCGCGCUCUUUAUUUCCUCUCUCAGAUGAAAUCUUUUCUCGGUUCAGUAUAUUUAUAUAAGUGAUGUAAGGAUUAUAAUCGAUAUAUUCAGUGAUUCUUUUCCCGUGGAUAAGUUGAACUCCUUUUCCCGCCCAUCCUCCUCUUCUCCUCGUUGUGUUUGCAUUUUUCGUUGACAGCUGUGCAGAAAGGUAUUUAAAUGUGCACAAUGAUUGCGAAUGUCUACUGUAAA